CUGGGACAACACUUGCUCUCCCGAAGGUGGGGAUGAUCAAGGAAGAGCACGAGGUGGCAGUGCUGGGGGCACCCCAGAGCUCAGCUCCCGUGACGACCACCGUGAUCAACAUCCGCAGUGAGACCCCUGUGCCCGACCACAUCGUCUGGUCCCUGUUCAACACGCUCUUCACGUACUGGUGCUGCUGCCUGGGCUUUGUGGCAUUCGCCUACUCCGUGAAGUCUAGGGACCGGAAGAUGGUGGGCGACGUGACUGGGGCCCAGAGCUAUGCGUCCACCGCCAAGUGCCUGAACAUCUGUGCCCUGGUCUUGGGCCUCCUCUUGAUCACCACAUUCUCGAUUAUUUUUCGCCACUCGCUGACUAAUUUUGUCCCAAGCAUUUAAGCAAUCAUAAAGAGUUACGGAGACUACUAGUAGCUGCCCCAGGCCUGCAGCUGUUACCCCUUUUCACAGCAGUUUAUACACACAUCUG